UUGAGCAGCACCGCACGGAAAGAUGAAGACUGCGGUCGGCUCGCUUCUUCUUUUACUCGUCGGCGGUGUCGUCUCUGUCGAGUGGAAGCACAGUGCUGUUCUGGACAACAAUUUCUUGGUACUCUGGACGCCCGAUGAGAAGGACGUUACUUUCGAGAUCCAAGUGAAGACCCUCGGUUACGUCGGGCUCGGUUUCACGAAGGACGAUGGCCGCGCCGGGGCUGACAUGGUCAUUGGAUGGGUCGAUAACAACGGUCAGGUCCACCUUCAGGACCGGCACGUGAAGGACGCCAGCAGAGAUCCGCAGAUGGAUUCGAGCCAGGACUACCGGCUGUUACUGGGUUACGAGAACAAGACGCAUACAGUGCUCCGUUUCAGUAGACAAUACGACACAUGCGACCCGCGGGACCUGAAGAUCACGGUAGGUGGAUGCGAUUUAUGCAGCUCGAAAAGAGAAACGCAGAGCAAUUUCCUGCGGAAUACACAAAAGCGUGCGAGAUUUACUUGACGCACUUAUCUUAUUCUAUUUUUGCCGAAUAAAUGCAUUUCUAUUUCUUGGAGAUAGAUUAAUAAGGUUCAUUUAUAAAUGGAACGGCUCGAAGAAAUUUAUUUCUAUGAAUAAAUUUUGUAUGAAUUAUUUUAUUAUCAUAGAAGGAUUUACUUUGCCAGAAUACGAACGUUUUAUCUAGUUGCCAGCGAUAAAGAUAAAUAGGAUUUUGUUUCCAUGUUCCAUGUUCCAGAGAAAACAGUUUUUUUUAUUACUGAUGCUAUUUAUGCUUUUAUACGUUGAAAUAGAAAAUUUUUUCAUCACCCUAAUUAAUACAAACGUCUAUUAACGCAAACGUAAUUUCCUUUUCGUAAAUACUUACAUUGCAUUUAGUUGAAAAAAAUGAUAUGCGCCGGAUUCAAAGCACGAAUGUAAAAAUGUUAAAUACAAAAGUAUAGUUAAUUACUGCAUUUAAUAAUUACGUCCACGGUCGUAAAAAUGUUGCGAAUGUUUGUACCGUGGAGCUGGACUUGAAUUAAAUUCGGCGGCUCGUUAUCGCAAUUUUCCUGCACGAUAUUCCGUACUCAUUGCAGGACAGCCCGACCUACUUCUUUAUUUCGUUGGUAAUUAACUCGGAAAUAGAUUGCGCGAUAGAACCGUCCUCGUUGCUCGAAGGUGCUCGGUACGGGCUUAACCCGAAGAAAAGAGAUUACGCCAGUAUUGCGAUCUGUUUUAAGCUGCAACGUGAAAUUUAUGGUGACCGACGAGGCCGCGAAGACCUAAACUUUAAAUUCUCUUCCUGGUUACUAGACAGACUAGGACUGCAUGCUUUAAUAAUGUCAUACGAUACGUAGUUAUAUUUCUUGGUAAAUUGCAACUAGCAAAAUAAAAGCACGUUUUCAAAAGAUUGGUUAGAAGAACUGGUCAGUGCGAUUGGCGUUCCUCACUUUUUCCACUUUUUUAAACUUGCCAAGCGUGUCUUGUAAGAGAGGAUAAGAAGAAGCAAUAACAUGGUAUUUGUAACCUGUUCGUUUGACGCGGCUAAAAA